AAAGGAGAGGAGGCCGGCUGCCUUCCAUCGUGCGACACCCACCUGGCGUCUCACCUGAAGCACCUUCGCCGCUGAGUGCUGCGUCGGUCCCCGCGAGUGCGGUGCGCGUCCUCUUCUCUUCCUCUCUCUCUGUACUUCCUCAACGUUCAUUCAUUCCCUUUUAUUUCAUCUGUUUCUCUUUCACUGUCUCCUUGUUUUUUUUUUCUUUUUAAUUUGUGCUUCUCUUUUCUUCUCUCUCUCUCUCUUUCUCUCUCUCUCUCUCUCUAUCUACCUAUCUCUCUCUGUUUCGUUCUCUUUCGUUCUCUUUCUCUCUCUUUCGCUCUCUCUUUUUCUCUGUCUGUCUACCUUGUUCUCUGUUAUCACGUCUCGAGAAAACAAAAACUUUCGAUCGGAUGAAGAUAUUUUUCGACUGAUCGACGAAAUCAAAAUAACGAGAAAGAAUUCAUCAGAGUGAGAGGAAAGGAAGAAAGAGGAAGAGAAGUUAACGACCACGAUUAUUGGUGUUGAAGGAAAAUUUUGCGAGGAUUGAAUAUGAGCGCGACUCGAUUUUGCUGGACCGUGCGGUGUCUCGUGUGAAGAAAAGAGAAAAAAACUCUCGUGUCAGUGUUUCGACGGAACUUUAUCAGGAAUUUCAAUAUUUCUGUGUGAGACUCCGAAGUGUUCCUACUUUCAUUUUCUCUUCCUCUUUCCCUCUCUCUCUCUCUCUCUCUUUCUUUCUCUCUCUCUCUCUCUCUCUCUCUCUUUCUCUUUCUCUCUCUUCCUCUCUCAAUCUAUCUAUUUAUCAAUCUAUCUUUUUCUCCGUGAAACGGAUCGACUUGAAUCAUCGACAACGUCCAAACAUGUUAAUCCCUACGUGCUCGUCGUAGGAUAGCCGAGAGAUGAGGAGGGACCUUACAAGGCAAUACCACCACCGAAACCGGUGCCGAACAAUCAGAAAAAACAGAACGGACUACAGUGGGACGAUCGGCGGGCGGUAGCCUUAGCACAUCCGCAAGUACCAACUUCCGGUACAGAAAGAAGGGACGCGAAUCACGUUGGGACAGAGAUCCGAAAUUCCGGGCAAAUUCCUUUUGCACCGGAAUACAGGAUGCCACCGCUCUAUGGAGAGGAACAGAGUUCGAGUCAGGCUCAACAGGCGGCCAGUCUGCAGACUCACAGUAGCAAGUUUCCGAUAGAACGAGAGGUGGUCCUUUCAUCGGGAGACAAGAAUUCAAAGAUUCCGAUUCUUCACGAAUACAAACAGAGGACUGCCGGAAGAGUAGCGAUCGCACCGGAUGCUCCUAUCAAGCAGCAAGCUUGGGUACAAGAGGCGAAUCAAAUGCACGAGGUGAGGCAAGAAGCUCAAGCGAGGAACUAUCAAUCGCAAGAAUCUUCAUUAUCGACCACAAGCGGAGCGGUCGUAAGAUCGACAAAGAUAGACGAAGAGAAGUCUAAGCCUUUGUCAAGGACCUAUCACACGAUUAAGGACAUGAUAUCCAGUCGAUUUGGUCAGAAUCGCAAGGACAUCGAGCCAGAACCGGAAGCGAGUUUGAACAACGCCGCUGACGAGUUAAGGAAACCUAGUAAGAGUAUCGAGGAGGAAGAAGCGAAAAAGAAAGAAGCCAUUUACGGGAAACCUCGUGCUCAAGAGCCUCCUGUCAACAUGCAGCAAUAUCCUAAAAACGCUUACGGUCAAUACGGGCAUUCGUACAGUUACCAGAGCAAUCAACAAAACGUACCACUACCUGGUCAACUUCAGCCGAACUUACCGGGACAGAGCGCACAGCUUCACGUAACUCAUCACGCUCCAGUUAGUGGAGUACAAACGGUCCAUCAAACUCAACUACCUUCUUUCGGUCAAUCAACGCCAGGUGGUCAACAGGUGCAAAAUGUUGCCAGAGAUUACGUCGUUCAAGGGACGGUCGAAUUGACGAAUCAACAAUCGCAUCAAGGACUUCAUUCGAAUCCUUCUCAGGGACAGGGCCAAAAUAGCACGGUGCAGAAACAACAGCAGCAGCAGCACGGAUUACCGAUGCAGCAACAACAGCAACAACAACAACAACAGCAACAACAACAACAACAGCCACAACAGCAACAACAACAACAACAACAACAACAACAAGUAGGAAAUACCAUGCAGCACAUGAGUCAACCGUACCAAAGCACCCAACAGUUAUUGCAUCAGAACCAAAAUCAUCACCAAAGUCCACGAUUCGCGCAACAGCAUGCUCAGAACAUGCACCAACGUCAAUUGAUUCAGCAAAUGCAUCAACAACAAAUGGCGGGACAACAACAAGGCGGUGCGAGGAAUGCUCAACCACAACCACAACAACAACAGGCAUAUUUCUCGAACAGCGUAUCGUACCAACAGUAUCAGCAAGCUAGACAGGCUAUGUCCAGAUCGCAAAUCGAUCUACCAAGUACCUCUAGACAAACUCAAGAAUUAAGGAUAUCCAGUCAAGAGGUAUAUUAUCAUUAUGCUCAAGGGAGGCCUAGGUACGGUGUACCACAAGUCUACAUGAAGUCGGAAACCAAUCAAGAGGUAGAAUUCCAAAGGCGAAAUUCAGCAAAGGGAAUAGAGAAGGCAGCCUCUCAACCUCAGCUCUCUUACGAAGAGGAACGAGCUAUUAGCGAGGCAUCGAGAAAUCCGGUGGUCGAUGGGCUAAAAAAUCACACGAUGGAUCCAUUGGACAAGGAGAAAUACGAGAUAACCGUUGAAGAUCGAGGACAAAACGAGUUUGGUAGGAAUGGUUCCCAGAGAAAGGAGGAUUAUAGGCCGGAAACUAGUUUUGGUAUACAUAGGGACGAAAUGAUAAGAUCCUCGACGAGAGAUCAUGAACAUUCUGGGGUUAAUAUCAUUCAACAGGAGAGUCAAGAUUCGCCGGAGAAUAUAUCAGUUCAAAAGAGGAUCGAGGAGUUGCAGAGGAGAACCGAACACGAUAAUAAUCAUUCGAUAGUUGGUAAAAUAUCGAAGGAAUCCGAUAUGGAGGCAACGAGGAUCGGAGCCAGUUCGAAAACUUUAGGGUUGGAUGUUUCGAAGAGACUAGAAGCUGGUUCCUCCUAUUCGGGAAAAGAUUCUGCCACGAAAUCUGACAGUCGAAAGGAUGAACUGGAACAGGGUAUCGCUCGGCUUAAGAUUCAAAAUCAAGGAUCUGGCUCGGAUUACGAUAAAGCCGGUCAGAGUUCUUCGAACGUCGAUUCUGGAAGGGGUUCUGCGGUUUAUUCCAGUGGAAGGCGACCACCUCCGGAGGAUCGAAAUUUGACACAAGCGCAAGACUCAGAGUGGGUCGAUAUAGUGGAAUCCGAAUUGAGAAGCAUUUUAGAACCAAGAGACGUUCCAGCAAUGGCACACUCGACUCUAUCCGAAAGUGUAUCGUCCGUGACACCGCCUUUACCGCCUCUGUCACCCCAUGAAAGCCCACGGACGCCAAGAAAUCGAUACUCGGCGAGCUUGCCUUAUGGUUCCAAGCCGAGUUACGGUGAUUAUGGCAAAGCAAUGGAGAAGAGAGGGUUCCUAAGCAGUUCAAAACAUCGCGGUGCUUCAACAUCGAAAAAGGAUUCGAAUAAAAAGUUCUCUCAUCUUUUUGACUGGGAAGUUGCUGAUCUGACGUCUACGACGACCGGACUCGAUUUGGACUCGAUGCUGGACCGCAGCGAUUCCGAUCUUAGUACCAACGACGCCAGAACGAUCAGGAAGCAAUUGGAGGGUCUGGAAAAUAUGUACAGCGAGGUAUUGAAACUGUUAGGUGGUAGCGUGAAGAAAAGACGAAAGACGAGAGGUCUGACCAGUUACGGUUCCGUUUCUUCAUUACCAACGUCAUCUGUAUCUUCUAGACCAGUCACGAGACAUCACGAUAAACGCAGAUCGCAUAUGAUCGACGAUCGUAUGAAAAAAGCCAAAGACAUCAAGAGUAUCAACAAAAGAUUUCAACUGUUGGAGUCUCACGUGGUGACGUUGGCACGUUCGGUGGCACAUCUCAGCUCGGAAAUGAGAACCCAGCACAUGAUGAUGCAGGAAAUGGAGAACAUAAGGGGGGAAAUCGCGGCACUUCGAACCCAAACGAGCAUGGCGAUGGUGAGAUCGCAGUCGCAGCCAUUGAUAAAGGACUCCGAAUUACCGGCUCUGUCCAAUCCAUCGAGGGUGAAAAAACUGACCAAGUUUUUCGGAACGGAACCACCCCUUAUCAGACUCUUCCUCAGGGAACUUGGGUAUGAGAAAUACGCGAGUGCCUUCGAGAAGGAGAAGGUCGGUAUGGUGGAGUUGCCCUACUUGAGCGAAGAGAGAUUACAAAAAAUGGGAAUACCCUUGGGACCAAGGCUGAGAAUCCUACAGGAGGCAAGGAUAUCCGUGUGCAAGGACGCUGUUUAUGUCGUAUGAAACGAUACGUCCCCUUUUAUCGCUUCGUCGAUAAUGAGACCAAUUUUAUUAUAUGAUGUUAUUUCUCUCUCUCUCUCUCUCUCUCUCUCUUUCUCUCUUUCUCUCUUUUCUCUCUCUCUUUUUUUUAUUUUUUUUUUUUUUAUAUUCUCUUCUUCAUUCAAUCUGACAGGUUUUAAAGCGUACCAAAAUGUACAUAGGAUCAAACGCACGUUUGUGUGUGCCUCCGACUGAAAGGAUUAGCAUAUAGACUUUAAAUCGAACAGAUCAUUUUUACAUAAUAUUAUUCACUUUGACGAUGGUAAUAAUAAUAAUAAUAAUAAUAAUAAUAAUAAUUAUUAUUAUUAUUAUUAUUAUUAUUAUUAUUAUUAAUAUUAUUAUUAUUAUUUGCAUAUAUUACGUGUAUAGUACUUAAUAAGAAUAGCAUUUAGUAAUGUUAGCAAAUGGUAAUAAUAUCUAUUAAUUUAAGCUAUUAUUAUAAAGUAGCGAUAGUAUCGAGGAAAAAAAAAAGCUCGAUUAUUUUAAAUGAACAUAAGGAACAAGACGAGACCUGUGUUAUUCCUUCCACGUUAUUUUUAUAAUAUAUUAUAGUUAAAGUUUCCCAAACGAACAGCACGUAAGUAACCUUGCGAGCUCAUCUUAUAAAUGAAGAUCCGCAAAUGUAUGUUUGCCAAAGAGAGACGUAUGACAUAUACGACAUAUA